UUCAGACGGUAAACUGGGCAAGGACAGAAUUAAAUACUAGAAUCGGGCCAAUCUGACGCCUCGAAAAUCCCCUUGGCCUCUCACCAAUGCCUAAGCAAAAGAGAUAUUCGACGACAGGGGGCCUUCGACGCGAGGAUUCUGACGAUGAACUUGGAUAUGAAGAUCACCCCUGGCAAUGGAUCUAUGAGGAUGACGGCCACAUCGGCUCCCAAGAGGAUGAUUCUACGCCGUCGAAGAAACGGAAAGCGAAUGCCUUCAACUCAAAGAAAUCCCUCAUAGUGGGUGCGCACAUGGGCGCUUUCUCCGUGCGGAUAGGGGACACGGUGCUGCUGAAAUCUCCCGAGCAAGGCAAAGAUUGGGUGGGACUCGCGUGCUCAUUCUCCGACACGAACGAAGACGGAGAAGACGAAAUGUGUGUCUGCAUCCAGUGGUUCUGCACCCCGGAGGAGCUGAUGUUCGGCAAGCGCUCCAAAAUCCCGAGCGACGUGCUGCCCAACGAAUCCUACAUCACCACAGACUUCAACAUGAACCCAUUGACCGCGAUAAACGGAAAGGCAACGGUGUUGUCAAGAGAGGCCUUCUUUCAGAGGUAUCCUGGCGGGGAACCCCCGAAAUCGAAGGCGGCCGCCAAUCGAUAUGCGAAGACGAUUCUGUGCCGACGAGGGGUAAAGCAGAGAACAGUACGGUUCACCGAGGACUUUGCGUGGGAAAAGAUCUAUAGCGGUCCCGAAGAUCUCCUGGACUUGAUUGACUGGAUCAAAGAGCAGACAAAGGGUCGCAAGAAACAGACUCUGAAAACCGAGGAUGUGGAUUAUGUCCAGCAGAAAGAGAAUAUCGAUGAUGAACCCCGAACGCCUCACAAAAGGAGGAAGACGACCGCCACAAUUUCCACUCCCAAGUCUUCGGCAAAGGCCUCCAAGUACAGCACGCCGACUCACAAACGCAUCAUGAUCAAGAAGCCCAUUGAGAUCACACCCCUGGGGACUCGAGUCCUCUCCCCUUCUCAGUAUAUGUCCACACCCUAUUCGCAUGCACGUGCAACUCUUCAUGUCUCGGCCGUCCCAACGUCUCUCCCUUGUCGCUCCAACGAAUUUCACACCGUCUAUUCUCAUCUCUAUUCAGCCAUUGUGGAUGGCUCUGGGGCAUGCAUCUACAUCUCGGGAACACCUGGUACGGGCAAGACGGCCACGGUACGGGAAGUGGUCGCAUCACUCCACGAGGCGGUCCUAAACGAAGAACUCGAUGACUUCAACUUUGUCGAAAUCAACGGCAUGAAGGUCACAGAGCCACAUCAAUCAUACUCGCUCCUGUGGGAGGCACUUAAAGGCGACCGAGUGAGUCCGCAUCAUGCGUUGAGCCUUCUGGAGCAAGAAUUCUCGCACCCCUCGCCGCGCCGUAUACCGUGCGUCGUGUUGAUGGACGAGCUGGAUCAGCUGGUGACGAAGAAUCAAAGCGUUAUGUACAACUUCUUCAACUGGCCGGCCAUGCGACAUUCUCGACUCAUCGUUCUGGCGGUCGCCAACACCAUGGACCUGCCCGAGCGGACGUUGUCAAACAAGAUUAGCUCGAGACUAGGACUGACCAGGAUCACGUUCCCAGGCUACACCCACACACAACUGAUGGAGAUCAUAUCCUCGAGGUUGGAAGGUGUCCCGGGCAACAUCGUCGACAAGGAUGCCGUACAAUUCGCCAGCCGGAAAGUCGCAGCCGUCUCCGGCGAUGCCAGGCGGGCGCUCGAUAUCUGCCGCCGUGCGGUGGAAAUUGCGGAGCAAUCUCAGGAAAAACAGAGUGCGGCGUCUGCCGACGUCAACGACGAGGACGAGGACAUCACAGCAACCACCCCGAGUCGCAGAAGCAAGAACAUCUCCAAGGACAAGGUCGGUGGACCGGGACAGGAAGAAGGACCUCCGAAGCGAUUGGCACGGGUGACGAUCGCGACGAUCAAACAGGCGAUCAACGAAGCCACGUCGUCUCCGGUCGCCCAGCACCUCCGCUCUCUCCCACUAGCCUCGAAACUUGUUCUCGCGGCGAUAUCUGCACGCAGUCGUCGCACAGGCGUGGCCGAGUCCACGAUGGGAGACAUUGCCGUCGAAGCAAAGCGCAUCGUGGACGUCGCGGACAACAGCGCAAUCCACGACUUCCUGCUUGCGGAAGACGCAUCGCGAAAGAUCGCGUCCACGUCCGUCAUGCCCCGGAUCCUGGCGUUGGGAGGGGCGGCCAUGGCGCUCGUGGAGGCCGGUGUCAUCGCCAUGGAGUUGAGGGGGAAAGGUGAGCGGGCAGGAAAAGUCAGGCUGCGAGUAGGCGAGGAGGAAGUCAAAAGCGCCUUGAUGGGCGACCCCGAAGUCAAGGGGCUGGGGUUUUGAAUACUUUGAUAUUCAGUCCAUGAACUGUG